CGAGCAGCCCCGCCGAAGAGCCGUUUGCUGUGGAAAAGCGCGGUUGCCACCAGCGCCAGCAGUCAGCGGCUGCCGUGAUGACCACCAGCCGGGCGAACGCCGCCGACGCGCUCCCCAAGUUCUGGUUCCCGCAUUCCCCUGAGGGCUAUGCGGUUGGCGAGGUGCUGCAGCACGACUCUGAGGGCGAUCGGAUGCAGGUCAAGCUGCACGUUUCUGCGAGCGAGGUCAAGGUCAUGGCGUUUCCAGGCUCACUGGCCAAGCCGAUGAACCCGGAGAACCUGAACGGCGUGGACGACAACACGCAGCUCAUGCACUUGCACGAGCCAUCGCUGCUCUUCAACCUGCGCCACCGCUACGCCAAGGACCUCAUCUACACCUACACGGGGUACAUCCUCAUCGCCGUCAACCCGUACAAGAAGCUCGCGUGCUACGGCGCCGAGGUGAUGAAGGCGUACCGCGGCAAGUCGAUUGGGCUGCUGCCGCCGCACUUGUAUGCGAUGGCAGACCGUGCGUUUCGAUCUAUGAAGGCGGGCCCAGAGCGAGCGCCCUCCUCCCUUUCCCCUCCCCUCCUCGCCACGCUGCCUGCCGCCUGUCCGCAGGUCGACGGUACCUCGCAGUCCAUCAUGAUUUCGGGCGAAUCUGGCUCCGGCAAGACCGAGAGCGCAAAGAUUGUGAUGAAGUAUCUGGCCAUGCGCGCGUCCGAUUUGCUCUCGAGCCUGUCGGAAAAGGUGCUCGAGUGCAACCCGAUCCUCGAGACGUUUGGGAACGCCAAGACGGUGAUGAACCACAACUCCUCGCGCUUCGGCAAAUUCACGCGCAUCCACUUCGACGCGCGCAACUGGCUAGUGGGCGCCGACGUCGUAACCUACUUGCUCGAAAAGUCGCGCACUGUGGUGCAGUCGCCCCUCGAGCGAAACUACCAUGCCUUCUACCAGCUCUUCGCCGGCCUCACCGCCGCCGACAAGGCGGAGCUGUCGCUGGCCGCGCCGCAAGACUACGCGUACCUCAGUGCCGGUGUGAUCGAGGUCUCUGCGAUUGACGACAAGACGGCGUACGCAGACAUGUGCGCCGCGAUGCGCACCAUUGGCAUCAGCGGAGAGCAGCAGCGCGGCAUCAACGCGCUGCUCGCGGCGCUGCUGCACCUGGGCAACAUCGGCUUCGACUCGACGGAUGACGCCGAGUCGUGCGCCGUCUCGGCGCCCGACGCGGUGAACGCGACGGCGCGGCUGAUGCAGUUGCCUCCGGCGGCGCUCGAGGAGGCGUUGACGUCGCGCACGAUGAAGUCCCUCUCGGGCUCGGUGUACAAAAUCCCGCUCAAGGCACAGGAGGCGAACUACUCCCGCGACACGCUCGCCAAGGCCAUCUACGCGAAGCUCUUCGACUGGCUCGUCCGGGCGGUCAACCAGUCGCUGCUCACGCAGGCCGACACGCGCGCCUUCAUCGGCGUGCUUGACAUCUUCGGCUUUGAGCAGUUCGAGACGAACUCGUUCGAGCAGCUGUGCAUCAACUUUGCAAACGAGAUGCUGCAGUCGCACUUCAACACCUGCAUCUUCCGCCAGGAGCAGGAAAUCUACCUGCGCGAGGCCAUCGUCUGGGACCCCAUCGACGAGCCAAACAAUCAGGCUUGCAUCGCCAUGCUGUCGGCGCGGCCGCCAGACACGCCGGUUGGCCUCUUUGCGUUGCUCGACGAGCAGUGCAAGCUGCCAAAGACGACGCACCGCACGUUUGUGGAGAAGCUGUUCGAGCAGCACGCGGCCGCAGUGCGCGAGUCUGUGCUCGCCGCUGUGGGGCGCGGCGCAAACAUGCUCGCCAACGAGGGGUUCGUCGUGCGCCACUAUGCCGGGCAGGUGACGUACACCGCAGACGGCUUCUUGGCAAAAAACAACAACUCGCUGCACGCCGACCUCGAGCAGGUGCUGAAGCAAGCCGCCGCGCCGCUCCUCGCGGAGAUCGUGGCCGAGGCGGACCAGUCGGCACGCGCGUCAGUCGCCGCCAAGCCCGGCCGCGCGAGCCGCGCCGGCAAGGGCUCGAGCGGCGCUCGGUUCUCCAGCGUCUCGGCGCACUUCAGCGGGCAGCUCACCUCGCUGCUCACCAACUUGCGCGAGACAAAUUCGACGUUCGUGCGCUGCAUCAACCCAAACACUGAGAAGCAGCCGAGCGCGUUCGCGGGCGGCCACGCGCUGCGGCUGAUGCACGAGGGCUUCCCGACGCGCUGUCCGUACGACUCGCUCUACGAGCGGUACAAGGACGUCAUGCCAAAGAGCAUCGCGAUGCUCGACUCGCCCUCGUUUUGCGAGAUUCUGCUGCUCGCGCUCGGGCUGGACAAGUCCGACUACCAGCUGGGCAUCACAAAGGUCUUCUUCCGCGCAGGCAAGCUCGCCUUUCUCGACGACCUGACCGGCUCCGACUACAAGGAGCUCGCGCCCGACAUCGCGAACAAGGUCCGCCGGUGGCUCAUCAAGAAGCGCUGGCGUCGCCACACCAUCGCCGUCGUCGCUGUUGGCCGGAUGGUGCGCUUCCUCGCCGAGCUGCGGCUGCUGCGCCGUCUGGUCACCGCGUGCCGCUUCAUGCUGCUGAUGGCCACCGCGCCAAAGCUGUCGGUCCGGCGCGCGCGCGAGAUCCGGCGGCGCAACGCCGCCAUCCGGCUGCAGUCGCGUGGACGCGCGCUCGUCGCCAUGACGCGCUUCCACCGCUUCCACUGGGCAACCUAUUUUAGCAGCGCGGGCGGCGCGAACGCCGCCAAGUACGCCGCCAAGUCGCGUCCCCGGCCCGCAGAGGUUGCGAACGGCGUCAGUGGGGCGGGCGGCGGAAGCGGGAGUGCUGGCGUCGGCGGCGGCAUCGUGAUGUCGGCCGAGCUCGACGCGCGGCUCGCGAAGCUCGAGGCGGCGGCGGAACAGGUUCCGGCGCUGGCCGAGAAGGUCGCUGCGCUGGAGGAGGCGCUAGCGGCUUCGCGCAAGCAGGUGGACGACCUGCUGGCAGGGGGGGGGAGUCGCACGCCGCGUGAUGCCUCUGGACGGCCGCGCUCGAGCGUUGCCACGUCGGCGGCGAGCACCAAGGCGGCGCUAGCGCAGGCGGUGUCGCGGCAGCAAGCGCGCGGCUCCACCUCGGGCAAGGCGAGCUGGAGGGAGAGCUGGGGCGGGGCGAGCUGGGGCUUCCUCGACCUCCUCGGCAUCACCCAAGGCGCUGCGUCCAGCGCGCCCACCGCCGGUGCGGUCGCGCGCAAGGCGGGCGGCGGCGCGCGCCAGCCGGUGGCGUCGAUGAUGGCGCCGCCUUCGGACGCGCUGACGGUGCUGCAGGCGGCGAUAGCCGCGAUCGGGACGCACUUUGCGCAAGCGGCGGUCGCUGGCUCGGGCAAGACGCUCGAGCUGCUGGGCAAUGACCAGAAGAACAAGGAGAUUGCGGUGCUCGUGCGCGGUCAGCUGUGCACCGCGCUCUCGCGCGAUUUUGUGCAGCAUGCAUGCGAGGCGACGCACGAGAGAGUCAAGCGGGGCGGCGGCGGCUACACUCCUGCCGAGAAGUCGCUCACAGCGACCGUGGUGGAGGUCAACUCGACGGGGCUCGAGGGGCCCGCCGCCAACCCAAAUAUCAAGUUCCGCUCCUUUGUUUGCUGCGGCCUCAACCACGCGCAGCUGCACGACUGGGUCGCGGUGCUCACGACGGACCCGGAGACGAUGGGCAAGUUUUACGAAGCGUGGGCCUACGUGCGCUCGUCCGAGCAGGCGCUGCCUCAGAUGAUGGAGGCGCUCCGACCGCUGGCGGGCUACAAGUUCGCCCUCUCUCUGGACUACGAGACCAGUCGGUGGGACCUCCACUGA